AAGAGUUUAAUAUUGAAUCUUUGUUCACCACAUUCAAUCCGGAACCGAAGUUGGGUUGUCGCGGUUUCCUUUAAACGGGGACGGCUUAUCGCGCUGCACCCGGUUUCGCUCUACGCAGUUUGACUCGAAUCUCAAAAACAAAAAUGACUCGUCAUGGUAAGAACUGCACAGCGGGUGCGGUCUACACGUACCACGAGAAGAAAAAGGAUACGGCUGUCUCUGGUUAUGGCACUCAGAGUAUUCGGCUGGGUAAAGACGCGAUCAAGGAUUUCGAUUGCUGCUCCCUCUCCCUGCAGCCCUGCAAGGACCCUGUCGUGACUCCGGACGGGUUCUUGUUUGAGAGAGAAGCGAUUCUGGAAUACAUCCUGCAUCAAAAAAAUGAGAUCGCCAAAAAAACCAGGGCCUAUGAGAAGCAGCUGAAGGCGGAGGGGGAGGAGUUGAAAACUCUCUCCAGAGCCGCGAAGGAGUCUCGGGUUCAAAACUUCCUGAAGAAAGAGGGGAGCAUCGUCACCAAACCACUGAACCCCUUCAAGACAGACUCCUCCUCCUCUGGUCCCAGUUGUAGCUCCAGCUCCUCUGCUGGUUCCUCUGGUUACUCCAGUACUCCCAGUACUCCCAGCAGCAGCAGCGAUGGCGGCUCCUCGGAGCUGAAAGACAAGCAGCUUCCCAGCUUCUGGAUCCCAUCACUGACCCCCGAGGCAAAGCCGAGUGCCGUCAAGAAACCAGUGAAGACCGUGUUUUGUCCCAUGUCGGGGCGUCCCCUGCGUUUGAAGGAUCUGACUCCAGUUCGGUUCACGCGUCUCGACCCGUCUCUGUCCCGCGUGUCUCUGAUCACGCGGCAGGACCGCUAUGUGUGCGCCGUGACGAGAGACGUGCUCGGAAACGCCGUGCCCUGCGCCGUGCUGAGACCCUCGGGUGCUGUGGUGACGCUGGAAUGUGUUGAGAAGUUGAUUCGUAAAGACAUGCUGGACCCUGUGAGCGGAGCCAAGCUGAGAGACAGUGACAUCAUCGUCCUGCAGAGAGGCGGUACUGGAUUUGCUGGUUCUGGGGUUGAGUUGAAGGCUAAAGAAUCUCGACCAGUCAUGCAAGUGUGAGCGAGACCAGACCAGCGCUCCCAGUCGGAGAUCCCAGUCGCCCACAGCGAUUUGCUACUGGGAGAGGAACCCAGAAUGUUUAGUUUUUAAAUAUAAUUUCAUGAGAGAACUUUUCAGUUGUAAAUGUAGAAAUGUCCGUAGAGAUUCAGACCACAGUUUACAGAUGUAAUAAAUGUUUACGAGUUCACACAA